AUGGAUGCAAGUCAACUCACAAACCCUGGUGUACAAAGUAACAUUGAGUCAUUAUUAAUGCGUGAAUUUGUACUUUUACGCCUCAGACUAAUAGCGGUUUAUGUUCAAGUGAGUCUAAUUGCUCUUGCGCAUUCUAGUGUAGUUUUUUUAUUUAUUAUUCUUACGAAUAUCACUGUUAUAUUUAAGACGAUUAAUGACGGCGUAAAGAUAAUUUCAUUCAUUAUAAAAUCCCCAACUUUGAACGCCAAAGCUAGACUGUGUUCAACCUUUGUACCUCGGUAA